GUUUGCUUUUCUGUUGACAGCACUUCCUACGGAGGGACCGAAGAUAUUUGGCGGACGACCGAGAUAUCAGAUUGGCGACACGGUUCGGCUGAAUUGCACCUCGGAGAGGUCCAAACCUGCCGCUCAGCUCCACUGGUUCAUUAACGGAGCCCCGGUGGACAACGCAUACCUGCGGGGUCCUUACACGCGGUUCAUCGGCUCGGAGGAGCUGGAGGAGACGACGCUGGGUCUGCAGUUCAAGGUGGAGCCGCACCACUUCAAGCGGGACGACAUGAAGCUCAAGUGUCUGGCCACCAUCGCCACCGUCUACUGGAAGUCCAACGAGAAAAGCGUCGAGGGCGAGAAGCAGUCGAGGCCGCCCACCCUCGAGAGCAAGAAGACUGGCGCCCACACCAUCGAUCACGGCAAGUCCAGAGCCGACAGAGUCCAAGCCAAUCGGGGUUGCUGCGGCAGGACGCCCUUAUGUUUGAUUCAACUGGCUUGUCUUGCAGUCUUACUCCCGGCUCAGUUCACAUUUCUCCCGUUCUUUUCCAUCAGAUAGCGCCUCCACUAGCUCCUUCGGUUCAUCGUUACCCUUUUUUAUAAGUUUGUUUGUAAAUAUUUUUGCCUUCCUCCUGCAAGCCUCCAGCUUUCAAACGUUUAUCGGCUGCUGUUCAAUCACAGGAAAAA